GCGGCGAGGCCCGGACGCCGACUGCCCACCGCGGAGCGCGGCGACCAUGCACGUGAACGGCAAAGUGGCGCUGGUGACCGGCGCGGCGCAGGGCAUCGGCAGAGCCUUCGCCGAGGCGCUGCUCAACAAGGGCGCCAAGGUAGCGCUGGUCGACUGGAACUUUGAGGCAGGUGUAAAGUGUAAAGCUAGCCUGGAUGAGAUGUUUGAGCCUCAGAAAAGUAUAUUCAUCCAGUGCGAUGUGGCUGACCAGCAACAGCUGAGAGAAACCUUUAGAAAAGUUGUAGACCACUUUGGAAAAUUGGAUAUUUUGGUCAAUAAUGCUGGAGUGAAUAAUGAGAAAAACUGGGAAAAAACUCUGCAAAUUAAUUUGGUGUCUGUUAUCAGUGGAACCUAUCUUGGUUUGGAUUACAUGAGUAAACAAAAUGGAGGUGAAGGCGGCAUCAUUAUCAAUAUGUCCUCUCUAGCAGGCCUCAUGCCUGUGGCCCAGCAGCCUGUCUACUGCGCUUCAAAGCAUGGCAUCAUCGGAUUCACACGCUCAGCGGCGAUGGCUGCUAAUCUUAUGAGCAACGGAGUGAGACUGAAUGCCAUUUGCCCAGGAUUUGUGAACACACCCAUUCUUGAAUCCAUUGACAAAGAAGAAAAUAUGGGACAAUAUAUAGAAUAUAUGGAUCAAAUCAAGGCUAUGAUUAAAUACUAUGGAAUUUUGGACCCAUCCGUGAUUGCCAAUGGAUUAAUAACACUUAUUGAAGAUGAUACUUUAAAUGGCGCUAUUAUGAAGAUCACAACUUCCAAGGGAAUUCAUUUUCAAGACUAUGAUACAACUCCAUCUCAGGCAAAAGCCCAGUGAACAUCUCAUACAUCAGCCAUAACGAAACUAAGCACGGAUGGCUUCUAUUCAGACCAUAUCUUCAUUUGAAUACAGCUUUUGAAAUGAAAUGCUAUUGUUUGAAGCUUUCCUUCAUGCACUUGAUGUUAAAUGUUUCCUAAAUGAUUUGUUUACUAUAUGGAAAAAAAAAUUAUGAACUCUCAGACACGUGAUGUGGACCAAAGCUAGAUUUUGAUCUUUAGAGUCGUGCUAAUGAUUAAAACAAAGGAUAUUCAAGGAGUAUUCUGCCUUUCAGAAAAUGUAUUUAAAAUUAUGGUUCAUAAAUAUUAAUGUUUUUCAAAACAUCCUUUUAAAGGAGAUACUUGAAAUAUUUAAUUCAAACCAGAUGUAAAAAGCUCAUUUUACUUCCAUGUUCGCACUUUAAAAGAGGGAGCUACCUACACUGGCAAAUUUUUUGUUACCAAUAACUUUCACUCAUGUACCAUCUUCAGCUGAACAUUUCAGUUCUUCAAAGAUGUGGCAUAGUAGGGGGCCAGUAGUUGAGAAAUAAAUUAUAGAGUGAAUAUAUCAAAUGAAAAAUCUCAUAUACAGAAUAAUGACUACUGGAUCCACAGUUCAGCUUCCCAUCUAGGAAAGAUAUUUCCUCAUUCUUUGCUUAUUUUUAACUUUAAUUGACUCCAAAAAAAUCUCAGGAAUAAAACUUUUCACAGUUAUAGUAAAAAAGACAGUGCUCCUGCAAUGUUUUAUUUACAAUAUGCUCAUUAAGAAAAAUUACAUGUGUAUUUUUUUUUCAGAUUGCAUCUUUGUUGAUUUGUUCCAAUUUCACAAGUACAUACUUUUCAAUAACUCAUUUUUUCCCUAAUCUCCAGAAGUUACUUGAUGUUCUAUGCAUGACUAUUGGGGAAACCAAUUUUGUCACAAUCUCAACUAUAAAUAUUUUUUGUAUACUCAAAGCCAUAACAAGAAAUAAAAUAUGAUGUUUUGUAGUUUUUUCCUGUCAGCUAUUUUAAGGUAUUAUCAUUAAAAGCCCGAUUUGCAAGCAAUAAUUAAUGCUAACAGUCAAAGCCCAAGGUUCCCAAAUCAAUCAUUUCCUCAUUAAAAUGUUGUGUAAGGAUUUAGUCUGCCUGCUAAGUCUGCAGUACUCCCAAUUUGGGGCAAAGGAUUUCCUAGCAAUACUGGAAUGGUAUAAUGUCAUGUCUUGCUCUGUUUUAAUUCUGUCAUGGAAGUAUUGCCUUCACUUUUAAGGAGUAAUUUGAAUAUGAAUAAUUGUUGUCUUGUGUUUCACAUACUGUGUUUGGAAAACUCCAGAAAAUGGACAUCAGUGAACACCUAAUAGAGAUCAGUUAUAACUAUGCAUAAGUUGCUUUUAGCUUGUGGCAGUAACAAAGCAGAAAAUAAUAUAGGUAUGUGGAAUAUCAUUUAUUUUACAUAUUUCCCCAUGGUAAUGCUCAAAGCUGUAGCUUAAACUUUACAUAUAUGGGUAAAUUUUUUGUACUGGCAGCCUUUAAUAUACUUUAUGCUUUAAAUGAAAUUUUUUCGAAUUCAGGAACUCUGCAAAUAUUUAACAUCAAAACUGAAUGUAACUGAGAAAAAAAAUGUGUUAUAGUGUUAUAUAUUUUAAAAACUAAUUUUACAUUAAAGUUGUCUUAUAAGUAACUUUAAAUAAAUCUACUAUGUUAUGUGACAUCUCUAUAUAAUGGGUGAGAAAAAAAAUCUUGUAUCGGGGGAUAGUCAUUUCUGUAUUUUUCAGUGAUAAUCAAUGUAAAUAUGUAUUUUUUAAAUGUAUAUUUCUUAAUAAAUGAAAUAGCACUUCCAAAACAGCACAACUAAAGAUAUGUGGACACUGAAAAAGGAUGAAUAGAUUUGGUGAUGACACUGACAUACCCAAUAAAUGUAGUUUUCCCAUAUAAAAAUAAUUUUAGACACUUGUCUCAUUUCAGGUAUGUCCUUGUACAAUGAUUUCUGUUUACUUUCGCUCUCUCUAUUCAAAAAUGUAGAAUACAGAGGCGGUCUGAAAAUGUAAAUAGUUAAUAAAAUCCAAGUGACUUCAC